AUAAUUACUUACUUUUUACUCUAUUUGCACCCCUCUACUUUUUCAUCCAAACAACAAUUUACCCUUCCACUUACACUCUCCACCAAGUUGCACCCCCCAACAAUUUACCCCUCAACUUGCACCCCCCUCGAACUUGCACCCCCCUUGUUGCCAAACAUAGUGUUAAGGAGGUCGAGACUUAAUUUCUGGCGCUUUGCCUAUGCGGAUUCUGCUUGCUGGAGGAGGAUGAGUGUCAUUUUGGCAUGAUAUAUAGUUGGAAUCCGGGGGUUCGAUUAAUUGAUCGAGAAGUUCCCAUGCACGUGUGGCAGCAGCGACCACUUUCUGCAUUCUAUUCCCUUGAUGUUGUCAAGAUGAUGAAGCUGAGAUUCAUGAAGGUGAAGCACUGAUGCAGAGCUGAAUUGGAAUCGAAGAUGCAGAGCAGAACUGGAAAUGAAGAACAGCUGAAGAACGCGUUUCGGACUCGAAGACGAUUCGUUGUAUGGGAAACGUUUCGAGCCUUCGUCCGGAACGCGUCGUCGUUUUACUUGUAAGUGGAGUUGGUUCCACAUUAGCUUAUUAGCAUUCACCACGUGUCAGGGUGAUUUUGUUUUUUCGUUUUAUUUACCGUUGGAGAACACUAAAACUUGAAACCCUUUAUAAAGGAAUCAACCCUGCAUCUGUUUGGCUUUGCAGGUUUUCGAUCAACCUUUGCCUUCCAUACAUUUUCUACAUGGUAUCAGAGUCUCAGAUCUGAUCCUCGACAACAAUGGCUACCGGCUCUCCUUCUACUCCUCCUAACAGUGGAACGUCUACUGGUGGAGGUUUUCAGUUCGGCAGCUUCAACGAGGAUCAGACUCAGGCUGGCAGAGGUGAGAUCCAGUUUGGCAACCCUUAUUAUCUUAAUCCCAACGAGAAUCUGUCUCAGUCGCUCGUCGCUGAGCUUUUGGAUGGUACUAACUAUUCUAUGUGGAGCCGAUCUAUGCAUAUGGCGUUGAAAACCAAGCACAAGCUGGGUUUCAUUGAUGGGUCUAUCCCUGCUCCGCCAGCUGGUAGUGCUCAUUUCCAUCUCUGGGAUGGUUGUAACACUGUUGUUAUUUGUUGGAUUGUCAAUUCCUUGAAGAAGGAAAUUGCUCGUAGUGUUCUGAAUCACGAGAAUGCUCGUGUUCUGUGGGAUGAAUUGAAGAGACGAUUUGGGCAACCUAAUGCUUUGCGCAUUAUCAAUUUGGAGGAUGACAUUCAUGCUUGCAAACAGGGUGAUCGAACCAUUACUCAGUACUACACUGAGAUUAAAGGAUUAUGGGAGGAUUAUCUGCAGUUUUCCCCUAUUGUUCCCUGUCCUUGUGCUCCUAAUAAUCAUGUUCCUUGCCCUGUUGUAGUCGCUUUUCAAACUAAGCAAGAAACUGAUUAUCUGAUUCGUUUCUUAAGAGGGCUUAAUAAGGAGUAUGAGGUUGUGAAGACACAACUACUCAUGAUGAAACCUUUACCCACUGUUACCGCUGCUAUUGAUGAUUUGCUUUUACAUGAACAAAAGCUGAAAGGGGAUCAGACUAAGUCUAAGAACAGUCAAUCUAUUGCUCUUGAUGUUGGUAAUCAGUAUGGUAGGGAUCAGUCAAAAGCAUGGUAAAGGAAACCGUACCGGAGGUCAUACCGGAUCCGUCAGCGGUAGGGUAUUUUGCGGUACGACCGUGGUUCAAUCGUUGUGUACCGGCAAAAUACCGUUUUUGUAAUUAAAAAAUAUUUCUUGG